GCCGUAGCCAGACAGCAGCACGGAGCUCCAACACACUGGGGAUGAUCUGUUCAAUAAGUAAAAAAUAUCAGCAUCUCAUCGCCACAAGAUGAAAUUUCCUUACUCGUAGAUUCUUGAGGAUAUGGUGAGGAGAAACUGUCCCAUGCUGCAUUAGCGGAUUAUUGACAUGCUGGCCUGUCUGCCGGCAUCUGGUGACUCUACCAUCCGACUUCUCUCGUGCACGCAGAUGAACACUGGACUUCAGAAAUGGGAAACUACACAGAAGAUGAGAUCUGCCAGCUAUCCAACCCCAGCCGAGUUGGAUGCCUAUGCUAAGAAAGUUGCCAACAACCCUCUGACCAUUCAGAUCUUCCCCAACAGUGUCAAAGUACCUCAAAGGAAGCACAUUCGCCGCACAGUCAACGGGCUCGACACGUCGUCGUCCAGCCAGCGUCACAGUCCCUACCCCUCUCAGGUCAGCGCCAGUGGAGGCCUGCUGGCCGUUCUCCGAGCGCCUGUCAAAGGCAUUGUCAAAGAACCAGACGGAAGCCGAGCUCGACAGCUCCACAAAGCAGUCAUGAACCCUCACGGCGCUCCGUACGCCGCUCAGAGCACUUUAAACCUCCCACAGCCCCCUUCUCACAUACAGGACACGUCUCAGCCCACGGCCCAGGCUGCACAGAAGCAGGGCAUCAUCCCCCCCCAGGCGCUGCAGCAGCAGACCAUGACUCACCCAAUGGGUUUGCAGCAGCCGCAAACUAUGCCUCACCCGCAGGCUUUACAGCAGAGGAACAUGGCUCAUGCUCAUGCUCUGCAGCGGCAGCAGAGCCUGUCCCAGGUUCAGACUCAGCAGCAGAGGUUGGCUCACCCACAAGGCCUCCAGAGGCAGCAGAGUGUGCCUCUUACCCCGGCUCUGCAGCAGAGCCAGUCCUGUCCAUCAGUUGUCCCACAGCAGCAUCUUUCUCAUCUACAGACACUAAAGCAUCAGACGGCACCUCCACAGGCUUUACUCACCCAGCAGGGCGUGACUCAGGAUCUGCGACACAUGCCUGAUGGGGCUCAGCUUCUGAACCUGCAGCACUCCCAGGGCCUGGUGGGCUCACAGCCCCAUCCCCAGGCUGUGGGUGCAGGACCUCCUGCCAUGCCCAGCAGCCUUCAGCAGCAGCCGCCGCCGCCAAGCGCAUACGGACCCCGAAAGCUCCCCGAUGCAGACGCCCCGCCGAACGUAACUGUAUCUACCUCCACCAUUCCGCUGUCCAUGGCGGCCAGUCUGCAUCAGAACCGGCCCAGUGACCUGAGCAGCAUCGUGCACCAAAUCAACCAGCUGUGCCAAGCGCGGGCCGGCAUGGGCGGCACCUCGGUCUGUGAGGGCCAGAUCGCAAACCCCAGCCCAAUCAGCCGCAACCUGCUGAUCAACGCCAGCUCCAGGGUUUCCUCUCAUCACCCGGGUAUGGGCGCCUGCCUCAUGGUGGGACCACCGGACAAAUCUACGGCUCAGAACCCCAGUGUGGCUCUGCAUUCACAGCCCAACAUCCCUGCUCCCAAUAGCAUGCAUGCGUUUCACACAGACCCGGAGAAGAUGCAGCAGCAGCAGCAGCUUCAGCACCACCUACAUCAGCAGAAACAACAGCAACAGUUACAACAACAGCAACACUUACAUCAACUCCAACAGCUCCAGCAGCAGCGCUCCUGGCAGCAGCAUCAACUGGCCCACAUGCAGCAGCCUCCCGAGGGUGCCCACCCCUGCAAGAACCCGAGGAUGGAGCCUCCAGCUGAGUGUAACUUCCCACCUCAGACCCUCAACUACCCCCACAAGCUGCCCAGCACUGCACAGUCGUUCACUCUAAAACACCAAGCAGAAAAACCACCACAGCAGCGGCCCUCGUCCCCUGUUAACUGCCCCGUCGGCUCUCUGCCUUACAUGAACGGUCACUACAUGCAGCGACAGUGGGGCAGCCUCCCACCCGCGGCUGCCAACAACAACGGAUCUGGUCCUCAGGAACUGCCGCCGGCUUUCCAGGGAGGGCAGCCGGCCACAGAUCGCAUCCCUGGAGCAAAGUACCGGCCGGGGAAAGAGGAUCCAAUUGGCCAGUCUAAAAUGAUGCCUGGCAUGGAUUUCCUGGGUGGUGAAUUCCAGAUUCCCAGCUUUCGGGAGCAGAACCUGGACGUGAUGGAGAAGAUGCACAGGUCGGCUAUGGGCCAAGUCCAGGAGCCCAGCAACGGCGGAGGCGUCCACGCUCAUCACCCGGGCUACAGAUAAAAGCAUGUGCUUCUCCUCACUUUGGUGUGUUUUGAGUUCGCUUCUUUCAGCUUCUCUGGUUUGAGAUCUUGCAAGUGAUCAAUUCCAUUUUAUCACUUAUGAACUUGAUUUGAAGAGCCACCACGUUGCGAUGUUUUAAAGUAUUCCUCAGGUCUUAAGCCAUGUCGUACCUAUGUUGCAGAUGAAGGCUUUUUGAGAUUGUUGUUCCACUGUUUGCAGAAUCUGUUCAUCACUGGCAUGGAUUUGCUGCUCUGUACAUGUAUAUACAUAUAUAUUCAACAAUAUUCAGUUACAGCUUAUAUUAUUACAGUCGUCACAAUGCUUUUCCUAGGUUGACACAACUUUUAUCAGCAUUUGUGGCCUUAAAACUGCUCAAAGGCGAGAUUUAGGAUGUCAGUGUGUAACGUUAACAUUUGCAGUUAUUUAUCCUCUUAACAGGUUUCUGAUCCAUUUCAAUAAGAAGGUAAUGUGUUUAUGCAAUUAAUAUGACUGUUGAAAAGAUAAACUGCAGGAGCUCCCUCAUGUAGUUGGGGCGUUAAUGGGCCAAAGAGCCGCGACUCAUCUAUCAGGAAUACAACAUGGCUUUUGAACUGCACUGUGAGUAGUCCAGGUGCACUGCUUCAUGGGUGAACGCAGUGUGCAAAACAAAAAAGCUAGCUAUCGCUGUUGAGCAGAAUUUUGGUUAAAAACAAAUCAAAACCAGCAUUAGCAAAAACAAUAAUAUCCUUUAUGUAGUUUCUCUAAUGUUUGGAAAGUCUAAAGUGCCCUGUUUUUAAUAAUUUCUUUGGUAGUAGUUGAUUUCUUACUGUUUUUUUUGUCAUUCUGUAGAUGGUCCUACUUGAAUUGUAGAAAUGACUUGUAAAUGUUCUUGCCGAACUUCUGGCAAAAUGAGCUGUGGUUCCAUUAGCCCCCGAUUUGUCUACAGCUAAUGUGACGCAGGAUCCCAUGGUUGUAAAAGAAAGAAGGUUUAAUGUAUGUCAGUAUGUGAAGAGAAAAUUGAUCACUUGCAAGCUUGCAAGUUGUAUAAAUAAUGCAAGCCGGGGAGGUGUUUCAGGCCCUGUUCACAGCUGCAGGUUUCAUGAUCUGAUCACAGGUACGAGCUCUAAGCACAGAUCCAGUUGUAUUCAGAGGUGGUUGCGUAUGUUCAGGAUGAAAAGAUGGCGUCCUCGGUAAACAAACGUACACUAGUGGUGGCUUAAAGACCAUAGACAUGUAUCAUGAUUGCUCCUCCACCUUCGUUCCAAAAGGAGGUAAAGGAUAUCAGAGGAUCAACCCGUCAGUAAAGUAUAUGUCAUGUUAGAGUCAAAGGUUGAAGUUUAAACGGCUACUGAUAUAUUAACUUACAAGAAAACAUCCCACCUUAAAUUUCAGCUUCAAGGUGCACUAGAAAAAUGUGAUUUUUGCAAAUGCGUCACAAAUAACAAACCCAUCAGAGGACUGAGUAAUGAACAAUAACAAAGCCAGUCUGUUGAAUCCCCAUGAAAAGGAUAGUGGAGCACUACUUUUUCAGGAUUAUCAUAGUGUUGGUAAAGAUGGACACCUUGAUGACCCUCCAAAUGUGAAGCCAGAACAUCUCUAUCUCCCCCUGGUGGCUGACUGCAGUAUGUCACAGAACACUAACGAUGGGAUUUUAGGCAAUUAACGUAGAUCUUGUGGGAUUUGUGUUUGUGUCGUCACCUUUCUGAACAAUUGGUUUUUAAUAAGUUAUUUUACUUCUGCACAGACGCUGGCUCCAAAUUCUAUCCCAUAGGCAUCAUGGCAGGUCCAACAACUGGACGAUUCUAGCUACAGUUGUACAUAGUGGGAGUAAACGGCAGCAUGGUGUCCAUAUUUACAUUUAGCCGUAACUGAUAGCUAACACAUAGGUUGUCUACAGAGAACGUUAAGGCAAAACAGCUAAAUUAGUGAGCAGGAUUAGUCAUCAAAAGUACUUAUUUUCCAUGCAAUGAUCAUUAAGA